GUAGUUAACAAUCAGCUGUUGGCUCUUGGGUAGUUUGUAUCGUCGCAGGCGAAAUUAUUAUUAAUAAGAGUUUUAUUGGAUAAUAAAUAAAUAAAAUUUAAUUUUAAAUGGCUCAAAGUAGAUUAGAGCGCAUUGGGACCAUUUUUACCAGGGUUCAAUCGUUGUUAAAAAGUGGAGCAGUGAAAUCGGAGGACAAACCGAUUUGGUAUGUUGUCUAUGAAGCUUUUCCACCAAAAUAUGAGCCAAGAUUUGACAGAGUAGCUCCUAAUAUUGAAAUUCAAGAUAUUUUUUAUAAAGAAGAUAUUAUUAGAGCGAAAUUUCAAAAAGAGUUUGGCAACAAUUUAAGGUUUAACAUUGCAAAAAAUGACACUCAGUCACAUACGCAGAGAUUUAUAUCAAUUUAUCAAGAUUUAGAAAAGACUGGAGUUUCUGACAAUGAGCUUUGGGACAAAGCUUUGGAAGAAUUUAAUAAAGAAAAUACGAGUUUCCAACUUAAAUCACAGCUCAAGGAUGAGGAAAAUGAUAAAACUCCAGCUAAAGAACCAACAAAUAAAGAAUUACCACCUGCGGAAAAUAAAAAAUCAAAUGUAGACUUAUCUAAAAUAUUUGAAUAACUUUUUUAUUGAUUUUUAAUGAAAAUUAAUU